GGCUCACACUCUCAAAGUGCUGAGUCUCUCUGAGGCUCACUCUCUUUCCACCGCAUGGAGAAGACGGAGGAGAGAGGGAUGGGAGAGAGAGAUGGAAGGAAAGAGGUUACAGCGAAAUAGAGGCAAAGAGAAUGGUUCUGCAGUGCAGCAAGAAAACAUUCUCUCUUUCUUUCUGUCGUUCACCCCUUUUACCACUACCUCUUUCUUUUGCUUGUUGAAAGACAGUCAAACAAAGCUCCUACCUGGAUGUCAUGGAUGAAUUGACAGCAGGACGAACUCCGAAUAUUGUGGGAUUCCUUGGAAUGUUGGAUACUUCUAUGGAAUGUUGGAAUCCUUCCAAUAUUGGAUCCAGUCUUGGGAUGAAUGUGCAGGAUUCAGGUUGAGCAUGUGGAGCAGUCAUGAGCCUCAGUGACUCUAUCUAUUCCAUGGUUUCCCUUGUCUCCUGGGUCUGGGCUGUGGCCUGGCUGCAGUACCGGAGGCCACCAGCGUGGGGCAGUAGAGCGAGGCAGGGCCAGGAGGCAGCAGUGAGUAGGCCGGGGCUAGAUCUAGCCUGGAGGGGCAUGCGUCAUGACCUCGGUGGUGCUCGUUGACAGUGGAGGGGCGGUGGUGGAGUAUGUAACCGCUGUGGAGGACCCCCAUCAGGAGGGGGAGUGUGAGGUGGAGGAGUGUGAGGAGGGAGAUGGUGAAGCUGAGGUAGAGGUGGAGGGAGACGUGGUCGAAGACGAGACAGAUGGGGACCUGGAUGAAGAGGAGGAGUACCCAGCGGUGAUCGUGGAGGAGGUCCCAGGCAGGGGGCUGGAGCAGUGCUUCUCUGCCCAGGUUCUGGUCUACGAUGAUGGGACCUACCUGAUGCAGGACGUGGGGGAAGAACAGGAGGUGGAGACGGAGGUGGUGGAGACAGUGGAGGCGUCCGUCCAUUAUCAACAGUCUGGCACCAGGAUCUACUGUUCUGAUAAGACCAUCGAGGCUGCCGAGGCUCUGCUGCACAUGGACUCUCCUACCAGCCUGAGAGGGGACCGCAGCCCAGACGUGUUCAUCCCGGCAGCGUGUGUGACCACCCCAGACUUCCUCCACGCUGCGAUGCGUCCAGACGUGAUGACCGAGACUGUGGUGGAGGUGUCUACAGAAGACUGUGUGGACGAGGACAUGGAGGUCACCCUCAUAGAGGAACCAGACCAAUCAGAGCCUGACCACCAACCCGUCAGAAAGAAGAAAGCGGGGAGGAAGCCAAAGCCUCACCAGCCUGCUGUGUCCAACGGAUCACCGGACCUCGUCAUCAAGAAGAAACCCAGAGAAGGAAAAGGAAGCACCACGUACCUGUGGGAGUUCCUGUUAGAUUUACUCCAGGACAAGAACACCUGUCCCAGGUAUAUCAAGUGGACUCAGCGAGAGAAGGGUAUCUUCAAGCUGGUGGACUCCAAGGCUGUGUCCAAGCUGUGGGGCAAACACAAGAACAAACCUGACAUGAACUAUGAAACCAUGGGGCGGGCUCUGAGGUACUACUACCAGCGUGGUAUACUGGCCAAGGUCGAAGGUCAGCGGCUGGUCUACCAGUUCAAGGAGAUGCCCAAGAACAUCAUUAUCAUCGAGGACGACAAGGCCGACUCCAGAUCGGACGAUCUGAUUGGCUCAGAGAAGUCUUACCACGAGAGAGUCCCGCCCUCGUCGGAGACGAUACUGAAUGUGGCCGAGCUCGCCAAGGCGCCCACCAUCCUGAGGGGCGGGACUAGAACCAUAGUCCAUGCACCGGUUGCUAAGGGCAACAAUGUGGUGAUGACUGGGGGCGGGGCGGCGGUGGGGGUUCCGAGGAUAGUGACCGUUUCCACGGCGCCAGACGGAACCCAGACGCAGCAUUCUCACACGGCCAUCAUCCCCACCGUCUCAGGACCCAGGACUGUACGGGUCGCCAUGCAGGUGCCUGUAGUCAUGACAACAUCACUGGGCCAGAAGAUCUCAACGGUUGCCAUGCAACAGGCGCCGGGGACGUCGGGAGGCCAAACAACGUACCAACUGGCCAACGCCUCUCCCAUCGGCACGGCAACGGGCAACGCCAGCUCACAACAGAAGGUUGUGAUCCAGACCAUCCCCACCAUGGUUCCGGCCACGGCAGAGAACGGAGACAAGAUCACGGUCCAGCUGGCUAAGAUCAUCACCAUCCCAGCCCACCAGCUGGCCCAGUACCAGCAGCAGCGGACCAAGCCCGGCCUGGGGGGCUCCCCGACGGGCAGCGUUUCUCUCCUGGGCGGGACAAACUCCUGGGGGGUCCGAGCCCUGGCACCUCAUGUUACCAUGGCUCCAGGGACACAGGUGAUGAGGUUGGCUGUUCCCACAACGCUGCAUCAUCAACAGACGCAUCAUAUCGUCACAACAACGCAAGGUGGCGGGACAGGGACGGCAGUGGUCACCGUGACGACGACAGCCAACCGGAGUGCUCCGUCGGCGGCACCCCAUAUCAUCAGCGGCAUCAUCAAAAGUUCGGACAUCGCCACGGCAAUGAGAGAACAGCAACAACAGCAAGCCAAGACGCUGACAGUUCAAACGGUGUCGGUACAGGCCGUUCCGGUCCAGACGACGUUACCGGAAGCACCGGAGAAGGACAGUCCGAGCCGCGAGGCUGUCGCCACGGAGAUCGUCCCGGUAGUCGUCCAAUCAGAAGAUCCAGAGUGUUGAGAGGUCACAAGUACGGACACACGCAUACCUAUAAUCAUUGUUUGUACAGUUUUUGCCCAGAUAGGAGUUUGUUCCUCUUUUUCUACCUGACAGUCUGAGAGACUAUAAAGACCCACGACCACCUCUGAUUUACCCUGGGGGGGUCUACCUUCCAACCACAGCCUCAUCUCUCCCUGGAGACCCAGGGUGUGACCCUAUUCCCUAUACAGUGCACUACUUUAGUAGGCAACAGGGUGUCAUUUGAAUUGUACACGACUGGAGGACACCCAACCCACAUAGGAACCCAGCAAUGACUUUUCAAAAGGGAAGAAUCUCCUUUCAGAAAAAGGGACCAAGUCAAACUCAAAUCACUACAUUUCUGUUUCUGGCAGACGAGACUCUAGCUAACUAAGCUACAGGAAAAAACGCAAACACUAAACAAAUGUAAUGAUAAAAACCAAACUGGUAAGGAAAGGAUAGAGAUGGAUGGGGGGGAUGUGCUUUGUAUAGAAAUGUUCUUUUUGUGUUUUUAUUUUUCUCUUGUGUAAAAAACCAGCCUUUUAUUUGACGAUCACUGUGCAGAUGUAGGAUGGUACACGCUGCUACGCAUCACACACACCACAUGAAAGACUGUUCUAGGAUCAGCUCUUACAAGGGAAGAAUAAAAAGCUAAAGGGACUUUAUAUGUAUAUAACUAUUAUACAGUUUAUGGAGUUAAAUGCAAAACAAAACAGCCUUAGAAUGAUUUGUUUUAUUUUUCAUUCAUUGUUUAUAAGAUAAACCUGAUCUAGGUUUGUGUUACGGUUUCUUCUGACUUUUGAUACCUUGUACCAAGCACAGUGUUAUAAAACAAUACGGCAUCACAUUUUUCUAUUGUGGUUUGAAGCCCAGGUCAGUGUAUGUGGGUUGGUUCCAGGGUUGGGGUCAAAAUCCAUUUCAAUUCAGGAAGUAUACUGAAAUUCCAAUUCUCUUCAAUGGUGACAGAUUGGAAUUGAAAUGGAAUUGACCCCAACCCUGGUUGGUUCUAGUAGACCUUGACCAUAGGCUUACUAGAUCUACUUCCCCGUGGUAACUGUCUCUAGGGUAACUGCCUGCAGCUUCCAUUUUGGGGCCUCCAUUUCUUUUGGGUAGAUUUCGAAAAUCUCAUAAGCAUGAACUUCUCGUCAGCCAUCUUGGCUCUGCCCCCUAUAUUUUCUUUAGCAUUUUUUGCUUAUUCUUAGUUCUAUAAAGAUGUUCGGACUGAACUAGUUUGUAUAUUCAACAUUUGAAGUAUUCUAUUUUGUUGUACUCUUGUUUCAAAGUGUAUUCAAGUAGAUUUUACUGAAAUAUAAAAAACAUUUGAAUUAAAC